CAAACACGCAAAAUAGACCAUUUUCUUAUUUUCGGAAUCCCGUAAAUAACCAAUUUAAGUUCGGAAUCUCAAGUACCUCACAAGCGCCGCGUCCUCAACAAAACACGGAUGUUUCAAUGCGCACCGUAGCACCUAUAAGACUAAACAUGCUGAAUGAUUCACAAGAAACAAGUGAACAUCUAAACGAGUCCCCCUCACCUUUUUACGAUACAAAUAGUCAAGGAAAUGAGGAGUUUAUCUAUAAAAAUUCUUACGAAAUAAACAAAUUACAGUACGAUUCCGAUUUUCCCCCAAUUUCAAUAUGGAGACCAAAAUUUUUCGAUAAUAGCCUCCGAUACAGAGGAGCGUGAAAUAGUACAAAUAAAUUAUACCUCAACUAUGCGUUUGCCACACAUAGAAUUACCGGAAAUAAAUGCAAUUUUUUUAAUCGAUACCGGAAGUACCCGUUCCUUUGUUAGCUCAGAACUGGUCAAUAAAUUCUUUUUAAAUUAUAAAUUUCACGAGCCCUUCGAAGUAAUAAGUACACACGCACGUAGUACACAUAAUAAAGCAAUAGAAAUUCCUAUGUUUAAAACAUUUAAAACCCCCGGAAUACAUAAGUUUUAUGUCUAUACGGUAGAUAAUAAGUAUGACGGUUUAAUUAGGUAGUGAUCUGCUAAUUCAACUAAAUGCGAAUAUAGACAUGAAAAAUAAAUUAUUAAAAAUUCAAAAUACAGAAAUCCCUAUUUUAUAUCAACCUCCAUACGAGAUUCGUUUGUCGCGUUGUCGAGUGAAAAUACCGACCAAUCAGACAGAAGGAGAGGCACUUUUAAACUUAAAAGACGUCGGUAAAGGCGUACGUAUACCUAGUGCUUUGAUAACUUGUAAGGAAGGUUUUGCGGAAACUAUCCUUCAAAAUACAUCUGCUGAACAGUUAAUUAUUUCUAUAAAGAAACCGUUUACACCCAAUAAUAAUAAUAAUAAUACACCCCAACCUCUAUACCUGUCAAUUGUGUUAGCUUACAAGAAAAGUCCAGAAUUAAAGUAAAUGACAUACAAAAUAUGUCUAUAAAUACGUAAUGUUA